CAUGGCUGUCCUGGAGGAUGGAAACCACACUGCAGUGACCGAGUUCAUUUUAUUGGGAUUAACAGAUGACCCAGUCCUCAGAGUCAUCCUCUUCACCAUCAUCCUGUGCAUCUACCUGGUGACUGUGUUUGGAAACCUCAGCACCAUCCUUCUCAUCAGAGUCUCUUCCCAGCUCCACCAACCCAUGUAUUUUUUUCUUAGCCACUUAGCUACUGUUGAUGUAGGCAUUUCAUCUACUGUCACACCCAGUAUGCUUGCCAACUUCCUGCUGGAGAGAAACACAAUCUCCUACACUGGAUGUGCCAUCCAGCUUGGCUCAGCUGCUUUUUUUGGAUCAACUGAGUCAUUUCUUCUGGCUGCCAUGGCUUAUGAUCGCUUCAUGGCAAUCUGUAACCCUCUGCUUUAUUCCACCAAAAUGUCCACACAAGUCUGUGUCCAGUUGCUUGUGGGAUCUUACAUAGGGGGUUUUCUUAAUGCUUCCUCUUUUACACUUUCCUUCUUUUCUUUUUUCUUCUGUGGACCAAAUAAAGUCAAUCACUUUUUCUGUGAUUUUACUCCUUUAGUUGAACUCUCCUGUUUUGAUAACAGUGUCCUCCUAAUUCUUGAUUCAUUUUCUGUUGACUCCAUCAUUGUGAUCACAGUAUUUAUCAUAGCCAUCUCCUACACCUACAUCCUCAUCACCAUCCUGAAGAUGCGCUCCACUGAGGGUCGACACAAGGCCUUCUCCACUUGCACCUCCCACCUCACAGCAGUCACUGUUUUCUAUGGAACUGUCACAUUUAUUUAUGUGAUGCCAAAGUCCAGCUACUCCACAGACCAAAACAAGGUUUUGUCUGUGUUUUACAUGAUAGUAAUCCCCAUGUUGAACCCCCUAAUCUACAGCCUUAGGAAUAAUGAGAUUAAGAAUGCUCUGAAGAGACAGCUUAGUAAAAAAACAUUUUCUUAG